AUGUCGAGCGCGCUCGUGCUCGCGAACGUCGCGCGCCCGCGUCUCGCGGCGCGCGCGUCGCGUCGAAGCCCCCGGGCGUCGUCGUCGUCUUCGUCUUCAUCGCGGGAGAAGACGGAAACGCCCUCGUCGUCGUCCCCCGCGCGCGACGCGUCCUCGUCCACCGCGGACGCGCCGACGCGGACGACGCCGCCGCCGCGCCUCGGACGUCGUGUGGCGGCCGCGACGACGCUCGCGGCCGCCGCCGCCGCCGCUCUCGCCGCCGCCGACGACGCGGAGGCGGCGACCGCGGAGAUAGAUAAACAAUUGCUUAGCAGUUUCGGCGAGAAGGAAUCGGACGCGGACAGAACCGCGAGCCUCGCGAGCACGGCCGCGUGCGUCGCGCUCGCGCUCGCGCUGGGGAGCGGAGGCGGCAAGAAGAGUUGA